AUGUCAUCAGCGCCGAUUCCCAAGCAGAUAAAUAUAUCACAUGCCUUGCAAUCCACAAAGAUACAGCAGAUCCGUCAGGAUAUUAAAGACUGGCAGCAAAUGAAAGAUUUAACACCAGAACAAAAUCUAGAGAUUGAAAAUUACAUUAAUUCUUUAGAAAAUGCAUUUAUGCUUUUCACAAAGGAUAAUGAACAUGUAGAAAAGAGAAUGGAAGGCGUUACAGUUGCUGAUGUUCAGUUAUAUACAGGUUUGAAGAAAAUGUAUAUUGAUUAUUUAAAUGAAUUGAUCGAUAUUAAGAGAUUGAAAAAUAGCCAAGAUAUUGUAAACUCGGCAAAUAAUAAUGAUCCAGUUCAAUUUAUAAUACAAGAACUGCCUUAUUUGGAGCCACUUGACAGGAAAAAAUUCAUAGAAAACUUACUUUCUAAUAACAAUGGUGGAUUAAGCUUGAUAAAGAAAGACCAACAGAUUAUUGAUGGUAUUAAAAAUCUCUGUCUACUAGAUUCAACUUUAAUUGACAACUUGGAAACUUAUUUAAACUUCUUAAAUGCUAUUGGUUUUACUGCUACUGAAGUGAGAAGUAUUUUGCCACCAGAAUUAUUUGAUACAAUUGAUAGAACAAAACAAUUUCUAAUGCAGAAUCAAAUGCAAAGUCAAAUGAAUGAAAUAGAUAUUAAUAAUAAUAAUAGUAAUAAUAAUGCCAAUAUUGAGCCAUUAUUUUCCAACAAUACUACUAUAUCAUCAAUUCCAAGGCGUACGGUGAAGAAAUCAAAAAUGCCAAUAAUUAAUGAUAAACCUUUAAAAUUUGUAAAUCCCACAGGACAAAGCAUUGCUCAACAGCCAUCUUUUGAGCAACAAAUACAAACUAAGCAAGCACCAAAACAUCAUAUUCAAAUGCAACAAAUACAGAUGCAAACGCAACCAAUUAAGCAGAUGCAACAGCCACAACAAAUACAGCAGAUGCCACAGAUGCAGCAGUUUCAACAAAUACAAUAUUUACCCAUGGAAGUGACUGAUACAAAUCAACAGUUAUCGCCUGAUGUACCACAACAAAUGUUACUAAUAAAAGACCAGCAACCACUACAGUCAUCUACUGAAAUUGAACCAAGUAUACCUAAAACGGAUGAAAUUAAAACUAAUCAAGUUAUCGAACCUUUAGAAAGCCCAGUAGAAAAACCAGUAGAAAGAUCAAUCGUCGAAGAAGAACCAAAGAAGAAAAUAUCAUUCUCCAAAUAUUUGAAGAAAGGCGAUGUUGUUUCUUCUACAAAUGGUAAAAGAUCUUUGGGGACAGAAAAUAUAAUAAAUACAACUGACUCCAAGGUAACAAAAAAAUUGAAACCAUCUACUGUUUCUUUACCUUCAUCAAACUCAAAUUCAAAUGAUAGUCAGAGUAACGAUUCUACGAAUAAUAGUUUACCGUCAAUAUUGAAAGGCUCUGAUUCAUACACAUUUUCUGAAAUGAAGAAAAAGAAAAAGAGAAAUAUUAAAUUCGUUGAAGAUUCAAAUUUGGUGACUGUAUUUGGUGAUGAUUUGCCAAAUAAAGGUUUAACUUUAUCUCCAUCAAGUUUGAAAAAAUUGUUGAAGCCUUUUAAGCAAGGUGAACCAAGAGAAAUAUUUGUUUCUAAGACAUUCACAGAUAAUGUUAAAGAAUUAAAUAUAAAUACUUUAAGUAAGAAUGAAACUUUUAAAUCUAUUAAUUCUGAUAUUUCUGAAUUAAAAUAUGGUCCAGUUAAGUGUGAAACAAGAGUACCAUUGAAAUUCAGAUUUAAUUUUGGGAACUUCAAUCCAUUUUUAGAUAAACCGGCAAAAGAGCCAGUCAAUAAUCAGUUUGAGGAUGAUGAUUCUAGUAAUAAUUCAAAUUUAAACAAUAAUAACUCCAAUAAUGGUUACAAUGGUAAUCAUAGUAAUAAGAGACAGCAUCAACCUUUAAUUGCAAAAGCGUUUGGUAGAAAUCGUUUAUUGUUAAGAAAAGACAGGGGCGGUUUACCAUAUAAACGUGUACCAGAUGUUGUUCCAAAUAACUACCCACCACGGCCAAAAUGA